CAGGGAGUAAAGUUGAGAGCUAACGUUACAAAAUGAAAUCGAAGUUGUGGUUCAUAUAUUUAGCUGUAGUUUGUCUGAUUUACAAAACCAGUGCAUACAAUUCUUGCAAAGACAUAUACUUGGCCGACAAUCGGAACUCAAAUGGAAAUUACGUCAUCCAUCACAAUGGAAACGCAAUAAACGUUUAUUGUUCAUUUGAAAGUAGCUAUGGCUACACGUACAUCUCUAAGGCAUCCCACAGUUCAACUGUAGAUAUGAGUUUGUUGUUCACCACAAGAGAUUUUGCCAAAAUCCGCCUCAGACAUAGCAAUGGCGAACAAAGAGAGGUUAUCGUCGAAAAUUUGUCUUCUUUCCAAAGUUCGUCAACUUUAUAUUUUGGCUACAACACCCAUACUUCCUAUCAAGGACCACAAAGCCCGAACGCAGCUUUACAACCGUACUUAUUUCUUGGCUUUUUACCUGAGAGUUUAGUAAGAAACUAUGGAACACAAGGAUACCGCGCAGGAGGUAAAGACUUCACUUUCACAAAUUGUGAUGCCAAUCCGAACAGUUAUAUCACAUUUUAUUAUAAUCCGAACAAUGCAUCACCUGGACGGCUGGGCGAUUCUAAUAGUUUCAUGACGGGUUGGAUGGAUGACUCUACAGUGCUGCCAGUGAACAACUAUAUGGAUACUGAUUUCUACUUUGACUGGGAAAUGCACAUGGGUGGAUGUGGUGGAUUCAUGACGUCACAUUAUAUGUCAAACAGCAGAGCGGCACUUGGAUUACCUUUUAGUAUACAACCAUGUGAUGGUGUAAAUUGUCAAAAUGGUGGAAGUUGUGUUGUAUCCGGGUCAUCUGGCACUUGUAGCUGUACCGGAAAUUACUUCGGUGACAGAUGUCAAAAUAUCAACGGUGGUUGGACCGACUGGUCCAGUUGGGAGACCUGUUCUGUUGAAUGUGGAGGGGGAACUCAAUCUAGUGGACGGACUUGUACGAAUCCACAACCCGUUGGAACUGGUGUAACAUGCAGUGGAUUAUCAUCACAGUCAAGGUCAUGUAACACUGAUCCAUGCCCUGUAAAUGGUGUAUGGAGCGAUUGGGAUCCCUUUGGAACCUGUUCAGUCUCAUGUGGGGGUGGAAUCCAUCACUCCUCCCGUCGAUGUAAUAAUCCUGAACCUGCGCACGGAGGACUUGAUUGUAUCGGAGAAGAUUCUAAGUCACAGUCCUGCAGUAUUCAGGGAUGUCCAGUGAAUGGCGAAUGGACAGAAUGGUCCCCAUGGAGUGACUGCCCAGUUACCUGUAGUGGUGAGGAUCUAAUUAGGAGUAGAUCUUGUACCAACCCUUCCCCUGAAAACAACGGGAAAGAUUGCGAAGGAAGCAACUCAGACGUGAUGUCGUGUUACAAGGCAAAAUGUCCAGUGAAUGGAGAAUGGACAGCUUGGUCACCAUGGACAAACUGUCCGGAAACGUGCAAUGAUGAAAUUUUAAAUCGUACCAGAUCCUGCUCAAAUCCGGCUCCUGCAAACGAUGGGACAGAUUGCCAAGGAAUUGAUAAAGAGUUCAUGUCGUGCCACACAGCACAAUGUCCAGUUGAUGGUGGAUGGACAGAAUGGUCAGUCUGGAGUGAAUGUCCAAAUACUUGUAGUGAUGAGGACCUUAUUAGGACUAGAUCCUGUAAAAAUCCUUCUCCAGAAAACGACGGAAAGUCUUGUGAAGGAAGCAACUCGGAAAUAAUGUCAUGUUACACAGCAAAAUGUCCAGUUGAUGGAAACUGGGCAAAUUGGACACCUUGGACCGAGUGUCCAGAAACCUGUAAAGAUGAAAAUAUCAACAGAACACGGUUCUGCUCAAACCCUAUUCCAGAAAACAAUGGCAACGAAUGUAUGGGAAAUAAUACAGAGUGCAUGUCAUGUCACACAGCCAAAUGUCCAGUGUUAGGAGAAUGGACAUCGUGGUCAUCAUGGAGUGAUUGUCCAGAGAGCUGUGACGGAGAGAUAUUGUCAAAGGAGAGAAAUUGUACAAACCCUGUACCGACAAAUGGUGGAAGGUAUUGCAUUGGGAAUGAAACAGACACAUCCUCGUGUGAAACAGUUGGGUGUCCAACCAGAGGCGAAAUUUCACAAAGCAUGGGAAGUGGUUACACUCAAAUGCGCCUCAACUGGAGUCUUAUUGGAAUUCUCACGGCAGUUAUAAUAGUGUUCAGAGGUUUUUCAUAGAUAUAGAUGUAUCCAUCUGCAUAACUGACGUUGGUAGCGUUUCAUUGUGUGAUACGCCCAAUUUAUGAGAAAAAAAUUCUAGAAAAUUGAUGACAUUCUUGUUUUUACUUUCAAUAUAUCUUUAAUUGAUAAUAUAGAUUUUUGGUAAAUUAGUUGAAAAUAUCACUGAAUCAUCGUCUUAAGCUCUGGUCCUUCGGUCAUAAAACUUUACUCAGUACUCGGGAGUACAAAAUUUGUGCUCGAAACAUCAAAUCCAGUACUUUGAUUAGUUGAUUUCUGAGUCUGAGUAAGAUAAUCGUGCUCGAAAGUUUUAUGACCGCAAGGCCUGAUCUAACAAGUGAAGUUACAUGUUUAACAUCGCCACAUUCCGUUUAUGAAUGUCCAAAGUCAGAAGUCCGUAAUUCAGUGGUAGUAGCUUUCAUAUUUUGUUUUUGUUUUAUUGUAUUGUACAUGCCGUUAGUUUUUUCGUAUGAACUGGUUUAUAUUUUGUCAUGUUGGGACCUUUUAUGGCUUAGUAUAUGGUAUGAAUUUUAAUCAUUAUUUAUAUAAGUAUAGUUCCUUGCAUCUAAGCCAUUUGGUAUCUGGUGGAUAGUUAUCUCCUUUCAUCAUACUACAUGUACUCAUUAUCUUCCAAUAGUAUAAAUGUAAUUUCUUAAUCUGUCUGGGUCCAGAUAAAAAUAUCAUAUAGUAGUACUGACUGCAUGUGUAAAUUAUACGAAGUUAUCUUGAUAAUAUAGCUCCAUGUCAGGUUUUGAGGAAAAUAUAUAUUUUUUUCUACUUUUUUAGAUUAUAACAGCGAUUGUACGUCUCUGUUUUUGGACUCUGGAAACUGGUCGCAAUACUGUCAACAAUAAUUGCUCUUCUUAUUAUGUAAAACAGUUACAAAAUAAAAUUUAUAAUAUUCCUA